UAAAGCAUCUUUAGGUUAUGACGACCUGCUUAAAUCCGCGGGAAACGCGUACAUUUAUUAGCGUUCGCGUUCCUUUUAGUCAUAUCGAUUACGUUAUGUUUACAAUAAAUAAAAAAUAAUAUAAUUAUUGGUAAAUAAAUAUUAACUAAAUGUUAUUUAUUGUAACUGUUAUAAAUUUAUAAGGUCAGUUUGAUAAAUUAAUAUAGAAAUAAAAAAAAAGUAAUUCUAUGAAUUAAUUUAUUCUAUGUAAUUAUUUUACCACUCUGUUUCCGCUAUUGUGGUUAUCAAAAGAAUAUAAUUUGGAUAUUAAAUACCGACAAUCAUUAACAAAUAUUUGUUAGAUAAAUAUAGUACGUGGUGAUAUUUUAAAAUAAUUUUAUUAGCUGUUCGAGUGAAAUAAUGAAGAUUUAAGUUUAUAAAUAAUAUUUAUUGACGAGUAAUAAUGGACACUACUGGUGAUAAACAAGUGGAGAGUGAUGAACAUGAUGGAAAAAAGAUGGAUAUUGUUGAAGACGAGUUAACUAAAACUAGAAGUAAUGGUAAAUUAUCUAAUUUAAAUGAUAAUUCAACUAUCAGUCGUUAUGGCAGAACUAUAAGACACGUUAUUCAGUCGAAUGACAAUAAAAAUAAUAAUAAUAAGAGUCUGCUCAAACGACCAGCAGAACCAGAGUCUACUGAAAGCAAUUUGUCAAUUACUAAAAACGAUGGCAGUAAAGUUAUAAAUAAUAGCGUUAAAGAUGUUGUAAAUAUGUCUGAUGACACUGACAGUGUCAGUGUUAAGUCUUUGGAAGGUAUGGACCCGUCACAAGAGGCUUUGAUGAAAAAAUCAUGGUGGAAAAGACCUGAUGACACUCAGUGGAAAACUGGUCAAUUGGCUUGGGCACAAGUUAGCACUUUUCCGUACUGGCCGUGUAUUAUAACCGUGGAGCCUGAUUCUACUCGCUAUGUAAAGUGGAGAGCUUUCGGCAAAUCAGUAACUAAUAUGAUUCAUGUCCAGUAUUUUGGCGACAAGGGCCGUCACAAUUGGGUUCCCGAGGCUUCUUUGAUGCCUUUCUCGGGUCUAGAUAGCUUCAAGAAGAAUGCCAAAGAGUGGAAUAGUAAGCCAGAUGCUGACAGAAAAAAGGAGCCAAAGAAAUCAUGUGGGUAUUUAGUGAAACCUACAAUCAGUGCUAGAUGGUUGACUGCUGUGAAGGAAGCUGAGCAAGUAAUGCCGAUGGAACCGGACGAGAGAUUGAAUGCCGUCAAUCCCAACAGAAAACGUGAUCGUCCAAUUGCUUUUCUUUUUAAUCAUUUAGUAACAAAGAAAGUUAAAUUAGAUAAUAAUACUGAAAAGAGUAAGAUAAAAAACGGUGUAAAGAAUAGUGCCAAAAAUAAUUUAAAAAAUGGUGCAAAGAGCGGCGGGAAAAAUGGAUUGAAAAAUGGUAAAUUUAAUAACAAUAAUAAUAAAAAAUCUGAAGUUGAUGACGACUCGAAGAGUAUUAUCAGUUUAGAUGGAGAAGUUCCACCUACACCACCAUCAAGUCACAAAGACUCAAGUGAUGAAUCUGUUGUUAUUAGAAAAGUUAAAUCAAAACGUAUUGAAAAAGUUGUCGAACCUACACCAAGUUUUGAGCUUUAUUACAACCGCAACAAAGAAGCUGUUGCCAAUGUCUCGCCUGACUCAACUGAAGACGAUAUAAAAACUUAUUUAAAAAAGAGCUGGGAGAAUAUGAGUGAGCAAGCACGUAGAAAAUAUAUUCCCCAGGUUAAUGGACAUAGUAAACAAAGUUCUACGGAUCGUGAGACAAAUUUUUCAGAUGAAUCUGCGUCGAAGCGUAAAAGAGGGAAAAAAAAUAGUUUAGGAAAAGAUGAGUCUAUUAUUGAGACUGUUAAAAAAACACGUAUUCCAAAUUUAUUUCGCGGCACAAAAGCUGAAAGAGUUUGUCAGAUUUGUGAGAAAACUGGUAAUCUUAUACGCUGCAAAGGUCCGUGUUACUCGUACUUCCAUCUGAAGUGUGUGAAACCCGGCGAGUCGGAGUCUGAAUGCAGUACCGAGGUUGAGGAUAAUGUAGACGACAAAACUGUGGAGAAUAAUAAAAUUGAUAAGAGUGACAUGAUUGUUAUUGAUGAUGAUGAUGACAAUAAUAAAAAAGAUAGUCUUGCUGAAGAGGAAACAUUUAAAUGUAUCGAUUGUUUGUCUGGUGUUGCGCCAGCUUGUUUUGUAUGCAACGAACGUGAAAAUGAAAGAAUCAAAUGCUCUGUAAUGGCUUGCGGUAAACACUAUCAUGCUGGUUGUUUGAGGUACUGGCCGCAGUCCCAAUUGCAGGACGGCCGAUUAACUUGCCCGUAUCACACGUGUCACACUUGCAUAUCAGAUAAUCCACAAAAUGGUUACUCACGUGCUCCAAGUGAAAAAAUUAUACGGUGCGUUAGAUGUCCCUCAACUUAUCAUGCUGCUACGACAUGUUUACCCGCAGGAUCUGAGAUCAUUACUGCAAGUCAAAUGGUUUGUCCGAAACAUUACGUAGCAGCUCAUCCGCCGCUAAACGCUACUUGGUGUUUUCUCUGUACCCGUGGUGGCAGUCUUAUAUGCUGUGAUACCUGUCCUACUUCAUUUCAUGCUGAUUGUCUUGGUAUCAAUGCCCCGGACGAAGCGUUUAUCUGUGAAGACUGUGAGACCGGACGUCUUCCACUUUAUGGUGAAAUUGUUUGGGUGAAACUCGGUAACUAUAGAUGGUGGCCUUCACGAAUUUGCUUUCCUCAUGAAGUACCUUCAAAUAUUCUUACGGUUUUCCAUAAACCUGGAGAAUUUUGUGUCAUGUUUUUGGGUACACUCAAUUAUCAUUGGGUCCAUAGAGGACGAGUGUUUUUAUAUCAAGAUGGUGAUUCAAAUGUUAAGGGUCCAGUCAGUAAAUCAGGAGUUGACGGUGCAUUUAGACAGGCUUUAAAAGAAGCUAGUGAACUUCAUGAAAGAUUGAAGCGUGAAAGAAAAGAAGACGAGUUACGGUCAAUAAAACCACCGCCUUAUGUUAAAUUAAAAGUAAAUAAACCUGUUGGUAAUGUCAAACCCGCAGAAGUUGAAAGUAUUGUAGCUUGUGAAUGUGAUCCAGAAUGGGACACUCCUUGUGACGCCAACAGCGACUGUCUCAAUCGUAUAUUGUCAAUUGAAUGUAGCCCUGGUAUAUGCCCAGCAGGGCCCAAAUGUUGUAAUCAAUCGUUUGCACGGAGACAGUAUCCUGUAUUAGAACCAUUCUACACUCACGCACGUGGUUGGGGUCUCAGGACUGUUGAAAAUAUUAAGUCUGGUCAAUUUGUUAUUGAGUAUGUGGGCGAAGUUAUUGACGAAGCUGAGUACAAGCGUCGUAUCAAGAGAAAAAAAGAACUUAGGAAUGAAAAUUAUUAUUUUUUAACAAUAGAUAAUUAUAGAAUGAUUGAUGCUGAGCUCAAAGGGAAUUUCAGCAGAUUUAUGAACCAUUCAUGUCAACCUAAUUGUGAGACACAAAAGUGGACCGUCAAUGGAGAUACUCGAAUCGGUCUUUUUGCUGUUCGUGAUAUCGAAGUCGGUGAAGAAUUGACUUUUAAUUAUAAUUUGGCUUCUGAUGGUGAAAAAAGAAAACCUUGUCUUUGUGGUGCUCCAAAUUGCAGCGGAUUUAUUGGCUUGAAAGCGCAAAAAUUAUCGUUAACUCCUACCAGUACUGUGCCUCAUUUAAAAUCAAAACGCGGAAGACGUCCACGUAUGAUAUAUAAAUGCUGGCGAUGUAGUAAAGAUCUGUCAGAUAGAGAAGAAUAUGUUAUAUGUAGUUUAAGAACUUGUUCCAAAAGAUAUCAUAAAAAGUGUGUUACUGUGCAAGGCGAUGCGUCUAAAUUCAGUUGUCCUUGGCAUCAUUGUCUGGAAUGUAAUAAAAGAACUGCUGCCCACUGUACAUAUUGUCCGAUCGCUUACUGUCAAACUCAUAUAGAGGGUAAACUUAAGGAGUACAAAGGAGAAAAAGGCAGCUACGUGUGUCAAGUCCACGAAGAUUCGGAUGAUGUAGAUUUACAUAAAUCUUUAAUACCGGAAAUAAAGAUUGACUCUGAUAAUGACAUUGAAGCUGACCGAGAAUCUUUAUUAGCAGAUUCCGAUAGUCCUAUCUCUGAGUUGUUACCCGGAGAAUCAUCUCCGUGGGUACCAAUAGUAGAGGUCCACAUAAACAGCGAAGACAGCGAACCAUCGCAAAGAGAAGAUAAUAAAAAAUUAAUUGAUACAAAAAUGGGAAUAGUUAAUUACAAUAAUUCAAGAUUUACAAGACAAACUUAUAGACAACAAUUGUUAGAUAAAAAUAAUCGACGCACAAAAAAUAUUUGUACGUCACCGACUUUCACUGCCAGUUAAUUAACAAAUCGCCGGAAGUGAAAGUUUCUAGGAAAAGUAAUUAAUUUUUUUUUUUUUUUUUUUUUCAAUUGUAAUAAUAAUUUUUUGAAAAUCUUUUUUAAAGACUUAGUACUAUUGUUGUAAUUGUAACUUGUACUAUUUAAUUAUUUUUUAACACUAUAAUGUGUACAAUACCAUAAUCAAUUAUAAA